CGCACCGGCUCGGGGCGCUGAGGGCGGCAGGGCCGGGCCGCGCCGGGAGCGGCCGGUUCGCUCCGCUCGGGUCGGUCCGGCGGCGGUAGCGGCCCCGAGCCGGGAUGUGGCGGCGCCCGGCUGGGCUUCUGCUGGUCUUCGCGGCCGCUACGGCCGCGCUGUGGCUGCUGUCGGUGCGGCUGAGCGCGGGGCAGACGCGCAGGGCGCUGCGGUUCCCGGCGGACCUGGAGGAGCUGCGGGAUCUGGCCGAGGCGCUGCGGGACUACGAGCGGCAGCACCGGGGCGCGGCGCUGGCCCUGUUCUGCGGCGCGUACCUGUACAAGCAGAGUUUCGCCAUCCCCGGCUCCAGCCUCCUGAAUGUCCUGGCUGGAGCACUCUUUGGGCCAUGGAUGGGGCUGGUGCUGUGCUCCGUGCUCACGUCUGUGGGAGCCACCCUCUGCUACUUGCUCUCUGCAGCUUUUGGCAAGCAGCUCAUUGUCCACUUCUUCCCUGAGAAGGUGGCUCUGCUGCAAGGGAAGGUAGAAGAGAACAGGAGCUGCUUAUUUUUCUUCCUGUUGUUCCUGAGGCUGUUCCCCAUGACACCAAACUGGUUUCUGAACCUCUCGGCUCCCAUUUUAAACAUCCCCAUCUCCCAGUUCUUUCUCUCCGUGCUCAUUGGCCUUACACCAUAUAAUUUCAUCUGUGUGCAGACAGGGGCCAUUCUGUCCCAAAUCACCUCUCUGGAUGCCAUCUUCUCCUGGGACACACUGCUCAAGCUGCUGGCCAUGGCUGUGGCAGCGCUGAUUCCAGGGACCCUCAUCAAGAGAUACAGCAAGAAACACCUGAAGCUGGAUGGGGACAAGCAAGCUCAGACACUCAAUGGCAGAAAGAGCUUGUGAUGGCUUAGGUGCCCCAGUUUUGGGGUAAAAGCUGCAGGACUCUGUUCCCAGGGGUUAUAUUCUGCAUGCUCUGUGUCACCAAGGACAGUGGCAAUUUUUAAUCGUCCUUCUCAUCUCAGAGGAGGUGUCUGUUCUUAUUUUAAUGAAUGUUUAUCUGUGCAUGUACCUGCACGGAGAGAGGGAUACAGGGGCUUUGUGAACACUCACUUAAUGUGCCUGUUUCGUUUAUAUCAGUCUCCUGUGUGCCUGAGGCUUUGGGGAAUAAAAGGAGGAGUAUUGGCAUCCUGUGAGGAAGGCAAACCAGCAGCCAGCUGUGGAUCACUGGCCAAGCACAACCCUGUGGGCAGUAGGCAGGCCCUGCUCCUUCCAACUCCAGACAGAUUUAAUAUUUUUGGCCUAAAAUGAUGAGCUACGUGCUCCAGUGCAGCUGUACAAGCACCAAGUUAAGAAAACAAUGUUUUUCAGGGUGCAGCUAUAGAAGAUUCUUUUUUGAUUCCCAUGUUAAACCAGCACCCCCUGCAGCAAAAUGCUUGGGAUUUGAGCUGCCUGAAUCAGUCAUGUCAGAAGACUUGAGAUUGCUUCUCUGGUCUGCCAGUGGCUGCUACUCCACAUAAAGACUAAAGGGGAAAAGAAUGGGAAUGGAUGUGCCUGACUGACAGAGAUUUGUCCUUGAAAAACACCUUGACACCCACACAAUUGCUCCUGUGUAACUAGGAGGAUUCCAAAUAAAGAGAUGGGCUCUGUCCCAGUUGUGGAGAA